AUGGCCCCCUCCGCUGAUGCUGGCGAGAGCCAGCAUGGUUCCGUCUUCUCCGUCUCCGGUCCCGUCGUCGUGGCCGAGCAUAUGAUCGGCUGUGCCAUGUACGAGCUGUGCCGUGUUGGUCAUGACCAGCUGGUCGGAGAAGUUAUUCGGAUCGAUGGCGAUAAGGCCACUAUUCAGGUAUACGAGGAGACAGCUGGUUUGACGGUCGGCGACCCCGUUACACGGACAGGAAAGCCCCUUUCGGUCGAGCUGGGCCCCGGUUUGAUGGAAACGAUCUACGAUGGUAUUCAGCGGCCCCUGAAGGCGAUUUCCGACCAGUCCAAGGGUAUCUACAUCCCACGUGGUAUUGCGGUCAACGCCUUGGACCGUGAGAAGAAGUGGGACUUCACGCCCGGCAAGUACAAGGUCGGCGAUCACAUCACCGGUGGUGACAUCUGGGGUACCGUUUUCGAGAACAGCUUGGUGAACGACCACAAGAUCAUCCUCCCUCCCCGCGCGAGGGGUACCAUCACCCGCAUAGCCGAAGCUGGAAGCUACACUGUUGAGGAGAAGCUGCUGGAAAUCGAGUUCAAUGGAGUGAAGACGGAACACAGUAUGAUGCACACCUGGCCUGUCCGUGUGCCCAGACCGGUCAACGAGAAGCUCUCGUCGGACGCUCCUUUCAUCGUCGGUCAACGUGUGCUGGACUCUCUCUUCCCCAGUGUCCAGGGUGGUACUGUCUGUAUCCCCGGUGCCUUCGGAUGUGGAAAGACUGUCAUUUCGCAGAGUGUCUCCAAAUUCUCCAACAGUGAUAUCAUUGUCUACGUCGGUUGUGGUGAGCGUGGUAACGAGAUGGCUGAAGUGUUGAUGGAUUUCCCCGAACUUUCUAUCGACGUCGAUGGCCGCAAAGAACCCAUCAUGAAGCGUACCUGCUUGAUCGCCAACACCUCCAACAUGCCUGUCGCCGCCCGUGAGGCGUCCAUCUACACCGGUAUCACGAUCGCCGAAUACUUCCGUGACCAGGGCAAGAACGUGGCUAUGAUGGCGGACUCCAGUUCCCGCUGGGCUGAGGCUCUUCGUGAAAUUUCCGGUCGUCUGGGAGAGAUGCCGGCUGAUCAGGGUUUCCCUGCCUACCUGGGUGCCAAGCUGGCUUCCUUCUACGAGCGUGCCGGUAAGAGUAACGCCUUGGGUAGCCCCGAGAGAAUUGGUAGUGUCAGUAUUGUAGCUGCCGUCAGCCCUCCGGGUGGUGACUUCUCUGAUCCCGUCACCAGUAGUACCCUGGGUAUCGUCCAGGUGUUCUGGGGUCUGGACAAGAAGUUGGCUCAACGUAAACAUUUCCCGUCGAUCAACACAUCGAUCUCUUACAGCAAGUACACGACGGUUCUGGACCGGUACUACGAGAAGCAUCAUCCCGAGUUCCCUCGCCUGCGUGACCAGGUCAGAGAGCUUCUGACCAAGUCGGAGGAUCUGGACCAGGUCGUGCAGCUGGUUGGUAAGGCAGCUCUGGGUGACUCUGACAAGAUUACUCUGGAUGUGGCGGCCAUGGUCAAGGAUGACUUCCUGCAGCAGAACGGUUACAGUGACUACGAUCAGUUCUGCCCGCUGUGGAAGACCGAGUACAUGAUGAAGGCGUUCAUGGGCUACCACGAUGAAGCCCAGAAGGCUGUUGCCCAGGGCCAGAACUGGUCCAAGGUUCGCGACGCCACUACCGACAUUCAGAGCGCGCUCCGGGGUAUGAAGUUCGAGGUGCCGAGCAACGAAGCGGAAGUUUCCGAGAAGUACGAGAAGAUCCUCCAGCAAAUGUCGGAGCGGUUUGCUUCGGUGUCGGAUGAGUAG